CAUUUGGAAGGAUUAAUAAUGCACCGUCAGGUUCUACAUCUACUGGAAGAGGCUGAUUCAUUGUCAAAAGAAGCAGAAGCAUUAAGAGUGGAGGAGAGUAAUGGCCCAUCUUUUUAUCUUUCAGCAAUUGUGGACGAAAGGAAACAUAUUCUAGCUAGAAGGAAGGCAGAGGCUGCAAUUCAGAGCCAUGAGACAGUGGAACCACAGGUGAACCCUGAAAUGAUGGGCUGGUCUGGAAUUGGCGGUCAUGAUGAGGUUUUCACUUCGAGGGCAUCUUUGCCAGCUGCUACAAUCCAGCAUGAUUUGAUGCUAGAGAGAAAAGAUCCCGAUUCUCAGUUUCAAAGUUCUGAGCAAGACGAGGAAGAUAACUCUGUAUCUACUGAUCCUUUACCUUCUCCAAAGCACACUAUGUCAGAGAAAUGGAUUAUGGAUCUGAAAAAACGGAAGCUAUUAGCUGAGCAGAAGUGGGUUCUAAAACGGUAAAAGACAAAUCAAAAAAUUCAAACUUGUUUCACCCAGCUAAAGGUUUGUUAAAAACUUUAUUCUGAAGUUCUUAAUUCCUGGUUUAACCUUGUUUUCCCUUCUGAUUUGUCUGUAAAGCCAUGCUGCAACAUUGUUAAGGAUACAACUAUUAUUUGCUCUAAUAUUUGUGCGCUUCUAUUGAAAAGAAAAGGAAAUGUGUCCCCUGCUAUCAACAAAUUUUGUAUGAAAAACAGAAGUGGAAGAAAGGUUGUAA